AUGGAACAACUCACUCUCAAACCUCGGACCCCGGUAGAGAGCGUGGACGUUGAAAACUGGGACGAUGAAGACUUCGACAACUUGGAAGACGUCCACUUCAGGACAGCAUCGACAGCUACCUCGGUCGUUUCUCACCCUCAAGCCGCUCGCCGCGACUCCGUUUCCUCCCGCAUGUCGAUGCGAUCCGACUCAAACCAAGGGGACGAAAAUUGGGACGUCCUGGUCGAUGAACAGGCUUCCAUUAAAGACGCUGUGGCUCUUGCAAAGAGCAAAGGAAUACCUCUACCAGCCAACAUACCUCGUUCUGCGCUUGAGGGUGGCACGAUACGACGUCUGAAAGGCAAAGAAAUCAAGAAGGCAAUUGCCGAUGACUGGUCCGAAGACUUGGAUCUCCCAGGCGUUGAUAUCCCCCUCAAGCUUGCUAAACACGACGACCGUGACCUGUCCGAGAGCUUGCGCCAGAUCAGUGCCGCCUUCAGGACGUCUCCCAAAACUCCCGACACCAAAGACGCGCUCGAUCAAACAAUUAGAUCACCAAAGUCCCGCACAUCAGCGAUGCCCAUUACCCUUGAUGCUUUUCGCGACACGGAUGAAGAUGCCAGUUUUGGAGAUGUGCCGACAAUAAAAGUUGCAAAACACCGAUCCCCUCAAAAGCCAUUGCUUUUCCACCAGCCACCCACCCCGGUCAAGCCUGAAACCGAGAACCUAGAAGAAGGCCUUGAAUUGCCUUCUGACGGCAAAUUACGUCUAUCGACGAGAAAGCCUCCGCCUUCGACGCCACAGCAGAGCGACGACUUCGAUCUCGAAUGGGCUGAGGGCAGCUUGGGAACACGGAAUGCUGGGAGGGGGAGAGGUGGUCGGUCUGCGCGAAGCUCGUCUGCCUCAGCUCUGAGUCCCAGUGUUUCCAGUGCCUUUACAGCCGAGAGUGAAGAUGAAGGACUCGAAGGCCUCGUCUUACCUGAUGGACCGAUCCAGUUCCAGGACAAACUCACACGACGACAACAUGAAAGUUCAAUCGACCCUCCACCUCGAAGCAUACCAGAUGUUAAAGCUGAGGUUAGAAAGGCGUCUGGGAAGGAAGACUUCUUCUCAGGUCUCGAGAUUGGUGACGGAGAGGUGUUUGACACUGCUAAGUUGACUCUUAAUCGCAAUGUCAAACAUAAGAGCACCCGAGCCACAAGUCCGUCCAAGAGGACAACCACCACACUCAAUUUCACGACCACCAAGACCCAGGGCACAAUUUCACGUCUGCCCCGGUUUCAGCCGGCGCAUGACCGACUUGAGCGUGCCCGGUCCAAUUUAGAACCUGUCUCGGAAACUGGUGCAGCCAUCUCAUAUCAACGAGCGAACUCACGUCUCGGCAAUCACGGCGCUCAGUCAUCCGCUUCGAGCAUACCUGCUCCUCAGCCUUCUACUCCUUCAACUCCCAGUCGCCGGCUCCUGCGAGGCACAGAGUCUCAACGCGAUCUGCGCUUUGAACAGCCUACAACAACUAACGCCCAGCUCUUGCGUGCGAAGAGAUCUAUGCCUGUCAUGCGAGGUCUCAAUUCUCCCACCAAAUCCUCGCCCUACGUUCGGCCCCCUUCGAGACAAGACACCGGAAGCCGUCUGAACAUUCCUCCACGCCCCAAGACUCCAACAGAUCGGACCGAAUCGCGCAUGGGACUCUCACAAAAAGCCCCGGCACCCUUCCUCCCGGCCGGCGCAUCUGCCGGGCAGUCACAGCACGUCAGCAUAAAGACCCACUAUCGUGGGCAGGGUUCUGACGGCUCUAGCGAAAGCAUGUCUGCUGCACAGAGGUCCUUAUCUAGACUCGCCGGCUUGGGCAGACCAGAGACUCCUGGCCGUGGUACCGACCCCAGCCGUGGGCGGAGCAAUCUCACGCCAGCCGAGUUGGCAGCACAGGCAAAGAAGACAAUCACCAAACCCACAAGGCGUCGCAACUACGGUGAUGGAACAGAGCUCGAGAUUUUCGACGACCUACCUACGUCGGCGACUCUCGAGUCAAAAUUCACAAAGGUACCUGUCGGCCGUGGUGCUCCGCGAAGUCUGCGAAGCAAACUCGGCUUGUCGCAUCUGAACCCUUCUACAUCUUCCUUGACCAGCACUCGACCCGGCAGUGAUACCCCCGUACCUGCGACGCCCUUGACGCCGGCUUCCCGGAGUGAUUUCCCUACGACGGCUCUCAACACAACAAAUGUCCCACGGUUUGCCCGUGACACGGCUGCUUCUCGUAACGCUCGUGAACAGCGCCAAAUCUCGGCUGCUUUCCAGAAUAUGCGAGGUGAACCCCUUCAGCCGAUUUCGACGAACUGGAAGUCCGGUUCCUCUGCUGUACGGCCCGGCAAUCAAGGCAGUCUGAGAAAGAAAAAGAGCGACAAAGUGCAGCUCAAGCCCCACCUCAUCAAACCCAUGGGUGGCGACGUGAACCGGCCGAAGACGGAGAAAGGAAUGUCUUAUAACCCGGUGUUGUUCAAGUGGGAGGGUAACGAGAACGAUGUUGCGCCCUUUGAGGUGCCUGACUUCUACCCUCGGGUUGGUAGUCCCACCACCCACGCCCGCGGCGGAAGUCCCAACUCCAAAGCCCAAGUGGCCUUGAUCUCCAACGUCGGGUCCAGCGUCACAGGUGUACAGGUCGUGGGCGGCAUGGUCUUCGAUCCGUCACAAAUGCGCUGGCUCAAAAUCGCGGAAAACCCCGAUGGAAGCAUGUCCAGUCUCCGGGGCGGAAGCGUGCAGGUCGAAGAGGAAGAGGACGUCUUUGCCGGCCUGGAAGAUUUGAAAGAGGAAGACGAGACGAGGAGUCGAAGCGGCACUCUGCAGAAUGUGUCUAGUGUGAAUCAAUCGAGGGACUCCUUCGGCGACGGUGAAGUCGGCCACAGUAGUGGUGACGAAUGGGGCAUUGGCGUUAGUGAGGAGUUUGAUGUCGGACCCGAGUUUGUCAGGCGGCAGAGGAGUGAGGAGGAAAGGUGGAGGAGGAAGGUUGAGAAGUGGUUGAGAAAGGGCGCGGACGCGGAAGAGGAAGAGGGGCCCGACGGGAUGAGCGGGUGGAGGUGGUCGUUGAGAGAGCUUGUCAUGCAGCAGGGCUCGUGA